AUGCAGUGUAUGGCUAUUCCAAAAGAAAAAAAAGGGAGACUCAAAAAGAGCAUUUCAGUUCAAAACUAUAGACUAUAUUAUAUGAUGAAUGUUGUGUUUACUAAAGAGUCGAGUCUAUUGAACAGUCAAUUUGUAAAAAAAGCGAUUGCAAAUAGCACUCGCCCCAAGACUAUAUUCAGUCUUUUUCGACCCGCUACUCCAACUCCAACCUACUCUGGUCUACUUAAAGCUCUUAAAAACCAGAAUUUUUCUCGUGCAUAUACACUAUAUCUUGAGUUGCAGAACAACUAUCCCGAAUUGCUCAAAUCAGCUAAUGCUACGCUAUAUGACGAUAUACUUGGCAUCAUCAAUCUCCCACAAAAAAACGUAGUUAGUGACCCCACAAUUAUCACUCGUGCGUCCAGAACCAAUAACGUUUAUCGAUUCAUGCAAAAACAAAAAGUUGAUCCUAAAAUGUCUAGCUUUGAAACCAUUACUUAUGUAAAUUCCAAAACGAAGAACAGGAUAAUGCUGGAUAAUGCUCUGGAACAUAUUGAACGUCUUGGUUUGACGGAGAAAAUGAGUAUUAAAGCUCGUGCAAACUUUGUUUAUGGUUAUAUUACUAUUGGCGAUGAAGCACAAGGUAUCCACCAUUUUAAGAAAAUGUGCGAAAUUUCUCGCAACACAUUCCCAUACAAGGUUUUGAUUGAUGCGUAUGCUCACACCAACCAACCUGAAAGGCUAUUCAAGAUUAUUGAUGCCAUGAAAAGAUCGGAUCAUACGAAACCCAACAUACAUUGCUACUUUCCUGCACUCUUAUGCUAUUAUCGUAAAAAGGAUUUUGCUAAGAUGCAGGAGUUAAUCGAUGAUUACAUGGCAGUGGAUGGUACUUUAUGUGAGCCAUUGCUGUAUGCUCAGCUGCUGAUUUCCAAUCACUCUGAAACUCCACAAAAGGGAUUUGAUUAUCUGUCUGAUAUACGCAACACUCCAUUCCGCAACACAUCUAGAGUCGAACAAGAGGAAAUUAUUUGCCAUGCACUUUGCAAUCAAACAGAUGACAUGUGGAGACAGUAUGCUGAUCAAUCAGCUCACUCAAUUCGGGCGGUGAAUAGAUUAUGUUCUGCCAUGGUCAAAGCCAUUGGAUCUUGUGCUCCUUCAGAAUCGAGCGAGACCAGUAAUGAUACUCUGGAUGCUAUUAAACAAAAAAUCAAAGAACAUCGUAUCCGACCUCGAGCUGUAUAUACAGAUCUUCUCGCUGGAUAUACUUCCCAGUUUGAUCAUGCCUCUGUGAAAGCUCUUAUCCCUGCUCUUACUACUUACCAGAUUCUCUCGCAUAAAAAUAUUGUCAGCCUGAUAUUACAGUCCUGUGAUGCUGCCAAGGACUUUGCUUUCGAGUUUCAACUUUUCCAGGAUAUUAUUGGCAAUGGACAUUCUGUUUCAUUUAACCAUGUAGUAAAACUUUUGAGAAACUGUGAACAGUCGGAUGAUCCUGCUCACGCAAAAAUGGUACAGGACAUUUAUAAAUUUGCUGCUCGUCAGUAUCCCAACCAAAAGAUCCACAAACUUAAAAAAGAUGUCAAGUCUGAGAGCAUCAAGGCUGACCACAGCGAUUCCGAGUAA